UCCCUAACUACUACUCUAACUACUCAUGUGACGACUCAAAGAAUUUCUUAAAUUCUGUAGACUUCUGUCGAUUCUUUCGAAUUUCUUCAUUCAUGUUUGCGUUACGAUCUGCUGCAAAGGAUAUCUAGACCUUUGAGCAACGGUUGGUAAGUGACGCAAUAUCCGCUGCUGUUUAACCGCACCAGAAGAAAGGGCUUUUGGUGGUGCUGCUCUUGAGCAAGAUCAUUUUUAGUAAUAGUCACGAUUAAUGCAUCAUUGAGGAAAGAAGCACAUGCCCAUUACGUCAACCUAUUUCUUACAUAGGAGUUUAUUACAUUUUUUAAAUAAGAUUAUCUAUUCUGUCAUGGCGGAGUAGACUCACUAUGGAAUGUCCAGCAGAGAGUAAGGUUUUAUAGGACACACCCUGUGAUCACGUUUUUUUCUAUAGUUUCUAGUUAAAUUGAUUUUGAGUCUGCAGUUUUAUUUUAUAAUGUGUUUUUGUCAGAGUAGUCGAGGUGUUUUUCAUAGCGAUCCAGGCUGAGCUGCGAUCAUGAGAUCUUUAGCAAUUUCAUUUAACAGCUAUUUGGUGUUAUUGUGUAAUCCAGUCAUGUUGAAAGGAACACGAGUCCAUCACUUGGUCAGGGGUCAUGGUUUGUGUAAUAUGGUUUUCUUUCUGUGUACAUUUAUGCUUAAAUCUUGCUUCAUUUUAUGCCCUCACGCGGGGUGUUACAAUAAAACCUUUCUCUCUGCUGGACAUUCUGUUCUCUCUUAAUCCAAAUGGAAAUUCUACAAAAUAGUGCUUUCCUUCGAGGAUUGUGUCGUAACAGCGGCCCCGCAGAUCUACAGUAUGAUAACUCUUCUGAACUCUUUCGUAUAUCUACGUACGCUAAAUUCCACGCCACCGCACCGGUGACAGAAAGGAGUCUCGCACGUGCCGGAUUUUAUUACACUGGAGUUGGCGAUCGUGUCCAGUGUUUUCGAUGCAAUGUGACUGCUGAGAACUGGCAGGCAGGUGACUGCCCUGCUGAAAAACACAAACAGCUGUCUCCCAACUGCAGUUUCAUUCAAAGUUUACCCGCUACCGCAAACCUCCUGUCUUCUUCCCAUUCCGCCUUCUCCCCGCUCCGCAAUGUUGCUAUUCUACAGCUGUCAGCCCCCGCGACGGCUGGAACAUCAACCACGGCCGCUUCUGCUUCAGGCCAGAUGGAGGACCAGGUGUGUUACUUAAAAAUGGGAUUCAGCAACCUGGCCCCUUCCAGUCCCAUUACGUCUCGUGGAGUGGAGGACAUGUCUCACCAACGACCUCCAGCUUGUCACAAUCCCAGCAUGCGUCAGGAACAGGAACGACUCGAUACUUUUCAGAAUUGGACUGUUGCUACCAUAACUCCAGCUGAACUGGCCAAAGCUGGUUUUUACUACCUUGGCCAAGGCGAUAGGGUGGCUUGCUUCAGUUGUGGAGGACAGCUUAGCAACUGGGACCCAGGAGAUAGGGCAGUGUCUGAGCACCAGAGGCAUUACCCAAACUGCCGCUUCGUUCGAGGUGAUCGUGCAGAAAACGUUCCGUUAAAUGGUGGCCUUUCCAAUGUAUCCAAUUCAGCAAUGCAACAGUGUGAGGAAAGAUUACUGACAUUUGUCAACUGGCCCUCUAGAAUACCAGUACGACCAGACCAGUUGGCUAAAGCUGGCUUUUACUAUGUUGGUCGCAAUGAUGAUGUAAAAUGCUUUUGUUGCGACGGUGGACUCAGAUGCUGGGAGUCUGGUGACGAUCCAUGGGUUGAACAUGCAAAGUGGUUUCCAAGAUGUGAAUACCUUCUGCAAGAAAAGGGCCAAGAAUUUGUUCAUCAGAUUCAAGCUAGAUUUCCAAGACUUUUUGAACAACUUUUGACAAAUGGAGAUAGUAACUCAAGGGAAUUUGUUGAUCCUCCUGUUGUACAUUUGGGACCCGGAGAGGACCGCUCUGAAGAUGCAGUGAUGAUGAACAAUCCUGUUGUGAAGUCUGCUUUAGAGAUGGGAUUCGAACGUGGCCUGGUUAAACAAACUGUCCAGAGCAAAAUUCUCACAAGUGGAGAGAAUUAUAAAACUGUUCAGGAACUGGUAUCUGAUUUAUUAAGUGCAGAAGAUGAGAAGAGAGAGGAGGAGAGAGAGCUCCUCGCAGAGGAAAUGGCCUCAGAUGGUUUCACUUUCCUUAAGAAACAUCACGCUGCCUUGACACAGCGUCUUAAAAGCGUACAGAGCUUAAUGGAUCAUCUUCUCGAGGAGAAUGUUAUUUCACAGAAAGAGUAUGAUAUUAUACGUAACUGCACUUCAGUCAAGCAGCAAACAGGGCAGCUCAUCGAUUUAGUUUUGUCAAAAGGAAACGCAGCAGCAGAGGUUUUCCGCAACUGGAUCAAAAAGAAUGACGUGUACCUGCUGAGAGAACUGAUGGCCCAGACAAAUGAAGCUGUAUCACCGAGUCAAGAUCUUUCAGACUUGCCCAUGGAGGAACAGCUGAGAAGACUACAAGAAGAGCGCACGUGCAAAGUGUGCAUGGAUAAGGAGGUUAACAUCGUCUUUAUUCCCUGUGGGCACUUGGUGGUGUGUAAAGAGUGUGCUCCCUCAUUACGCAAGUGCCCAAUAUGUAGAGGAUUGGUCAAAGGCACUGUCCGUACCUUCCUUUCAUAGUAUGAAAGUUGAUAAAUUAUUAAAAUAAAACUGCGAAUGUCUGUAGUCUUAUAUCUUUUUAAUUCAUUAACAUCUUUGAACAAAAUGUGGAUUUGGUGAAGGAAAUAUAAUCAUAUUAUAUAAACACAAUUCCACAAGUUG